AUGCGACUGGGGGCGGACCCUUUAACACUAUACUCGGCAGCAAGACCAGAGGGAAGACAUGCCCUAGCACUAGCAAUAUUGAAAUGCACACUACGUGAGAACCUACGUGUCAUACCGUAUACGCUAGGUGCAAUAUGCCUUCGCUACGCACAGCCUACGCUAAUGUCACAAUUAAUCCUCUAUGUCAGCGAUUCUCCGACUGGCGCCACAGCGCGAAUGCAAGGAUUCAAAUUGCUUUCUGCAACGAUGUUGAUUUACGUCGGAUCAGCUGUUUUCAAUGGUCGCCGAGAUGCUGCUAAACAACGGGUGAUGAUUGCAGUGAAGGGCUCACUAAUCGGUAUUCUUCACGACAAGACCUUACAAUGCAAUGAAGAUGGCCGUUUUGCUAUUACACUGAUGAGUGAUGACAUGGAAGAUCUCCGCAUGGCCUUUGGCCGGGCUCAUGUUAUAUGGUCGUCAUUCCUUUCAUUGUCCCUUGGUCUAUAUUUGCUCGCAUCUAGGCUAGGCUGGGUUAGCCUAUUUCCAUUAAUUAUGGUAUUGUGUAAGUCAAACCAUUCUCCCCGACCCUGCUUGUUAUCGGCAUUCUCAUACUUUACUUUAGUGGCUUCCCAAUGUGGAAAAUAUGCCUCCAGGCAUUUUUUCCGGAAACAUAGCAUAUGGAAUGAUGCAACACAGCUUCGACUCGGUCUCGUGAAAACACUGCUAGAGCACCUAAGAACGAUCAACUUGAUGGGCUAUUUGCAAGCAAUGGGAUCAAAAGUCCAAGCUGCACGUGAGAAUGAGCUGAGAGCGGGCCUAGUCACGUCCCAGCUCGAAGUUAUCAUGGCAGCCAGCGGAAGUUUCUCAAACGUUGCUAGUCCCGCCAUAACCCUUGCGUUGUAUACUCUUUUCGCCAGAAUGAUUGGGGAUGUUGCUCUUAAUGCGGAUCGAGUUUUCGCAUGCUUUGCUCUGAUCCAAAUGGUCACCCUGUCGGCAACUUCAAUCAUUUUCAAUUUUCCGGAGUUUAUCGCAGCCAUGGCAGCCUUCGAUAGGAUACAAAGGUUUCUCCUUCAACCCGACCACAAAGACAAUCGCAAACUUCCCGAAGGCCAGGUCGAACACUUCCUAGCCUAUAUCUAUAAUUACCAGGAUCAGCCUCGUGAUAUUAUCGUUGGGCCCCUAUACCCCGAGGAUGGCUACGCCAUCGUGGUCAACUUUGCGACAGUCCGAUACGAUACCGACCCCCAACCCGUGCUGAAGGACAUUGAUUUGAAAAUAAAAGCUGGUUCGCUUGUGCUUGUUGUUGGCGUGACUGGAUCGGGGAAGACAACUCUUGCUAAAACGAUUUUGGGAGAUACAAAGCUUCAGAGUGGAUCUGUAUCAACCUCUUCUGAUCACAUGGCUUUCUGCGCCCAAUCUCCAUGGUUGAGAGAUGGCACGAUCAGAGAUAUCAUAGCAGGGCCCCCGGGAUGCAGGGUGGCAGAUGAAGACUGGUAUCAAAGAGUUCUGCAUGCCUGUGAUUUGCGGUUUGAUCUUCUUGGACUACCAAAAGGAGAUAGAACCCUGGUAACACACGAAGGUAUCUCUCUUUCUGAGGACCAGAGGCAACGAUUGGUUCCAUCAAUUAAUGACAAGAAGGCACUGGCUCGAGCUGUAUUUUCGAGACUAGAUAUUCUCAUUCUAGAUGAUGUUCUGAGAGCCCUUGAUGAGGAAACUUCAUCUCGUGUAGUGCGACGACUAUUGGGUCCCGCUGGCCUGCUCCGUGAGCUGAACAAGACGGUUGUUUUGAUCACGGAUUCAAGAGACCUUCUUCAACAUUCGGACUUGAUAGUUAUUCUCAACCCAGAUGGAUCUAUAUGUGAGCAAGGGACUUGGGAUGAACCCAAAGUUCAGGCACGGUACAAUGAAUUGAGUCUCCAUUUAGAAAUCGAUUCACAUCAAGAAGAGUACAAGAAGGGACUUCAGCAGAUCAAUACCCCCCGUUCUUCAAAUUACGAACAGUCAACGAAUCUGUUCCGAAAGCCUGCAGACAGCAGCACCUACACACAAUACGUCGCUGCAAUUGGAUGGUACCGAGUUCUAGUCACUAUAUUUAUCUUCCUCUCCUCUACAGUUUUCGCGAUGCUCGUUCAGAACUGGCUUCGACUGUGGACUGAAAGUGAUGAAUCCAGCAAGCGAGCAACUUUCUAUCUGGGUGUUUAUUUUGUAUUGGCAUUUGGACACUGGGUGUCAUUGACGGGAAUUGGCACUGUUGAGUUCCUCGUUGUGCCUACAUCUGGUCGCGCUCUGCAUGACCAAUUGCUUACAACAGUGAUCAAGGCCCCAUUAUCUUUCAUCACCUGCACCAAUAUCGGGACCGCACUCUCGAGAUUUAGUCAGGAUAUUCGACAAGCCGAUCGUAACCUACCUCGGGAGGUUGCUGCACUGGGAAGUCAGAUGUUCAAACUCCUGGCUCAAAUCAUUUUGCUCUGCAUGUCACAGGCGUACAAUCUCGUGGCACUCCCUGUCCUGGCGAUAGUUGUCUACGUUAUCCAACGGAUGUAUAUUGUGACCAGUCGGCAAACCAAGAGGCUUUCCAUGGAAGCGAACUUCCUCCCAAACAACAGCUUUGUGGAAACUGUUCAAGGAAUAGCCACAGUCCGGGCUUUCGGUUGGGAAAACGCCUAUGCUCUCGAUAAUAGUAGGGCAUUGGAUGCCGCUCAAAUACCGUCAUAUACACUGCAUAGUCUUGACCAGUGGCUCGGAUUUGUGAUGGAUUUGAUAGUCGCCGGCGUGGCGCUAGUCAAUGUUGCCUUCAUCGUCACAUUCAAGGGUAGCAUGACAGCCGGUGAUGUUGGCAUCAGUAUGAACGUGAUACUAAAUCUCAAUAUGGUGUUGAUGAUUACAGUCCAGUCAUGGGAGAAUGCUGAUACAUCGCUCAGCGUGAUUUCCCGCAUCAGGAACUUUGUACUGACGGUAGCUCCCGAGUCCCAGCCCAAACAAGAGCAUCCCAGCCCUGAAUCAUGGCCAUCCAGUGGCGAAAUAGACAUAAACAGCGCUGUGUUUGACUACACUAACACGGGGGAACAACCAUCUGCAUCCGACCAUGCCCUCACCGACGUCUCUUUCAAGGUGGCACCUGGUUACAAGAUUGCCGUGUGCGGACCAACUGGUAACAGGAAACCAUCUCUGCUGUUCGCCUUCUUGCAGAUGAUAGAUUUGUUCGAGGGAACCAUUACAAUUGACGGCUUGGACCUGAGCUCAAUAGCACGAGAUUUUAUAAGAUCCCGAAUGAUCACAAUCCCGCAGGAUUCAUUCAUCAUCCCAAGCGACUCCGUUCGCGGGAACCUGGAUGUUGAGGGAAUUGCCACAGACAAGAGGAUUGUCGAAACUCUGAAGAAAGUCCAUCUUUGGUCAAGCUUGGAGUCCAGAGCUAUGGACGCUGGACUAUCGCCAACCUUUUAUCUAGACUUGCCGAUGAAAGCCUGGCCAUUGUCGGAAGACCAGUUGCAGCUCACUUCGCUCGCCCGUGCUCUUUUGCUUCGCUCCUCCCGUGGGAAAAUCGUUGUCUUCGAAGAGUCCACCAGUAGUGUCGACACGGAGACUACCAGACUCAUUCAGCAAGUGAUCGAUGAGGAGUUCCGGGGAUAUACAAUUAUUGUGGUGGCCCACCGACUGGAUACAAUCGCGGAUAGUGAUUCAAUCAUUGUGAUGGACAAAGGUCGGAUUGUCCAAGUCGGGUCAUUCGAUGUCUUGCGGCAGAACGAGGGAGCCUUUAGAUCCUUCUUGGAUUCUGAGUCGGAAGUAUGA